UGUAGACCGAAACUGUUAGGCCUUGUCCGCUUCCUGCACGAAGCUCUCUAAGUCCGCAGGAGUAUUGAUCAACGCUUACCUAGGACGUUCCUCGUCCCAUAGGAUAUUUUCAAAUCGAGGCUGUUCUUCCUCGUUGGCGUAUCCCUGGGAUCGUUCACUGGGUGAGGAAACGCCUAGGGGAUUACCGAGCGGUCCCUUCCUCGAGUGGCUACUAUCCUCUUAUAUCAUCAGCAACGUUGCUAGGUCCGUUGGGAGCCAGGGAAAUCAGAGCGUGCACAUGCUUCUUGUAUCCGGUUCCUCAACACUUUGACAGACUGCGAUUUGAGUUAAAAAUGACGCCCACCCCUCCCUCUGUUGCCACCUCCUCUUCGGGUCACAGCCCCGAGGAACAGUUUCGUGUGGUGAGACGGAGAAACAGGGUACCGCUCAGCUGCUACCCAUGCCGGACUAGAAAGUUGAAAUGCAACAGAGGAUCUCCGAGCUGUGAAAAUUGCGUAAAACGCGGUGACACAGAGGCAUGCGUUUACGCCACUCCAUCAAGCCGGAGGAAGAAUCAAAGUAGUGCAGGAUUAAAUACGAGUCCAGAUGAUAUGCAGAACCGUAUUGACCGACUCGAAGGUUUAGUUCUUACUCUUAUGCAUGGCGGUGCCAAUAUCGAUCCAUCAUCCGCAGCUACGGCUGCGACUGCGAGCGCCGAACCUGUUGCUCCGUCUACUACCAACAGCAGCGACCAGAGAAUAGAUGAAGAAGAUGAAGUAGCAAUGAGAGACGAGGCAGAAGGCGACAGCGACGUUGAUGAUGGCUUGGCCACAUCGCUUGGGGUGUUGAAAGUCGAUGCCGACAAGGGGAAGUCGAUGUAUAUCGGGCAGGAACAUUGGCACACCCUACUAUCCGACAUCUCAGAGGUCAAAAACUUCUACUCCUCGCACAAGAAAGAGAUGGAGAAGAGCUACGAGCGGGUCAUGUCCUCCAAACCUGCAAUCAUGCGCGAUUCUCCCAUAUUCCUGCUCUCGGCCCCGCCGGCGACAGAGACUGAGCUUCGAGCCGAGCUACCAGCAAAGACUGCCAUCACAACGCUUGUCACGCGGUACUUUAAUUCUCUCGAUACAGCUGUAAGCAUAAUUCACGGGCCAAUGUUUCAGCAGCAAUUGCAGGACCAUUGGAAAGACCCGGCCAAGUCACCCAUAAUGUGGGUAGGUUUGGUGUAUGCGAUGCUCACCCUUGCCAUGCUUAGUUACCAUAAAGUUGGCGAUGAGCCCCCUGAGUGGAAAGGUCGUUCGAUAGAACUUGCCGCCGAGUAUCGCCUGCGAACAGUCCAGUGCUUGGUAGUAGCCGAUUAUACCAAGCCAGUCGAGUACACGGUGGAGACCAUGGUCCUCUACUUGUUUGGUGAGUGGUCUUCGAGGUGGGAUGCCGACCUAGGGCUCUGGCUUAUCACGAGCCUGAUCACAAGAAUCGCUUUCCGAAUGGGAUACCAUCGAGAUGCGGAAUGGUUUCCGUCGAUAUCACCAUUCCAGGGAGAGAUGAGACGCAGAACUUGGGCAUUGAUUCGCAUGUCUGAUAUCAUGUUCUCAUAUCAGGUCUCGCUGCCAACAAUGAUUUACGAACACAAUACUGACACUAAGCUACCACACAAUAUUUUUGACGAAGAAUUCGGCCCGGACACCAAGGUUCUUCCCCCUUCGCGGCCGAUUACAGAGCCCACUCCGAUGGCAUACAUGAUUGGUAAGGCCACGUUAAGUAUCGAAUUCGGCAACAUUCUACAAGCCGUAACCCGCGUUGGGAAGCAAGUGACAUACGACGAGAUCCUCAGCCACGACAGAAAGCUGCGGGAAAUCAUGGACGAACUUGCGCCGCACUUGAAAAUACAGCCGCUGGAGGGCUCUCAUGAUCCCGCAACACUCAUCAUUGCGAGGUUCAACAUCAAUAUCUUGUUCCAGAAAAUCAUGUGCAUGCUGCACAGGAAACAUGUCAUCCGCGCCAGACUAAAUCCUCGAUACGCCCAUUCUCGUCGUAGUGCUGUUGAAGCCGCAUUGGAAACCCUGAGCAACCUGAUAAUCAUUCACCGGGAAUGUCAACCAACCGGCAGGCUGCGCGCUAUGAAAUGGUACGUUCAAUCGACAGCGCGGGAGUCAUUGCUGCCCACAAUGUUGGUCCUCCUUGACCUCCACCACGACAAUACUGCUGCGGCAUCCGGCGUACGUCAAGACUCGCAAACGAUGUAUUUCUGGACACCCGAACAACGAACGGAGAUGAUCAGUGCUCUUGAUAGUGUAAGGGAUAUCUGGAAAUCAAUGUCGCAAGACUCUGUUGAGGCUUAUAAAGCAGCCAAUAUUCUUGAUAUCAUGCUCGACAAGAUCAAGAAUCCGGUCCCGGGGACAUACCUUCCUGUUGACCCUCUAAAACAAGACAACCAAUUCAGCGGCUUUGGGUCGGUCGAUCUUCAACCCGAACACUCCGCUGCUAUGACUCUCUCACAUCUGUCUAGUGGCCUGACUCCCAACUUCUCUCCCGGUGGCGGCGUCUACCCUCCACUCGACGUGCCAACUGGCACGGGACUCACACCUGAUUUCUCGGGCGACGUUAUGCCAGGUAUCAAUAAUGCCGCGUCCCCUUUCUCGAUGUUCACAAACUUGGGUUCUGGAGACAUGGCUUUGGACCAAAACUUCGACUGGACGGCGUUCGAGAAUUUUACGCAAAACGCCAAUUGGGGGCCAGAUCAGGUAUCUUUCGGGUUUUUCCCCUGUAACGGCAAUUCUGAGCAGCAGUCUGAAGGAGAUUCUACAAAUAACAGCUUCUCGUUCGUAAAUAUGAACACGCCUAGCACCGAGAGAUCAACUUAGGACGUUGGCAGUUCAGCUGGGGUUGGACACGGAUAUGGAUACCCAAAUAAUGAUAGGUAUGAUGAGUAGUUGAGUGUCAUGUCUUGAUCAAAGCUGCCUGUGAGAUGGCAGAUAUGCAACAUGGUACGUCACAGUUUGCACGAUAUCAUUCCACUGAUGACAUAACGCGGAAAAUAUAAUCACUUCUCUCCACAGACUUGCAGUCG